AUGGAGCUGGCUGUGAAAGACGUGUCCGUCGCGGCGUCCUACGGCGUCCUGUUUGCUUUCAUCAGCGUCUUUACGAGACAGGUGACAGACGCAGGUGUGGCGGCGUUUCAAGUCGUCUUCAUACAAGAGGGUGGCGCGCUACUCAUGGCUCUGGGGCUCGUGCUGUGGGCUAAGACGGACCUGAGACCGGCGAGCUGGCGCGUCUUGGGGCUGCUGGUACUCCAAGGCGUCGGCAAGUACGUCGCGUUUGGAUGUGUGGUGUUCGCCAUCACGUUUCUGCCACCCGCCAACGUGUCCGCCAUCAACAAGUCCACACUGCCGCUGUUCGUCGCCAUAGGAGCCUGCAUCUUUCUUCGACUGAAACCGAGUGUAGCGGCGUGUAUCGGAGGCACCUUCUGCACUACCGGGGUCGUCCUCGUGGCUAUCGGCUCCUGGAAAAACAUCGGCACGUCACGUGGCAACAGUGCACCAAUCACCGGAAACCUCGGCACGUCACGUGACAUCAGCGCACCAAUCAGCGGGAACAUCAGCACGUCACGUGACAACAGCGAACCAAUCAUCGGCGUCUCGCUGGCCAUCCUUUCAGCUUUAAUUGAAAGCUUAUUGAACGUUCAAGUCAGAAUUCUACUUCGAGAUUGUCCGAUAGUGAUGGUGCUAUUUUAUACGUUUGCUGUCUCUUUUGCAAUAGGGACAGUGCCGAUGCUCAUAAUGCGCCCGCAAUGGAGCAUGGAUGUGCAUAUAACAACACUGUUAGUCCUGUGUGCAGGUCUUUACGCGGUGACGUCAUUUAUUUACGUGAAGGCAGCCAAGACAGUGCCGCCCGUCACACAGGUGGUGCUGAGCCAACUGGAACUGGGGGUGACGUUUUUGCUGCAGUUCGCGUUUCUUAGGUUCGUGCCGAAUGUGUUUGAGAUUGGUGGUGCUUCGGUCAUCGCGGUCGGAGGCCUCGUCGACACCGUCUACAUCGUCAGAGUAGAUUCUAGGAACCGGAAGAAGCUAAAUUUCAGGAAACAACUUGGCUUCAACGUCGACAGUGACAAUGCGAAGAGUCACACAGUAGAUUGGAAAGAUAGAUUAAGGGAGGGAAAUAGACAGAAGUAGAGAUAGGGAAAAAGAUAGUGAAAGAGAGAGUGAGAGAAGAGAGAGAGAGUGAGAGAAGAUAGACAUAGUAUAAGAGAGGACACACAGGGAUGCUAAAUUUCAGGAAACAACUUGGCUUCUGCAUCGACGGUGAUGAAAAAAAAGCCGUACUGACAAAGAGAGAAUGAGUGAGUAAGCGAGGAGAAGAGAGAAAGAAGAUACUAAGAGAGACAGAAAUAUCAUGAGAGAGGAAAGACAGAUACAGUGAUUGGAAAAGAAUGCCAUGUUUGAGCUACCUUUUGUUUCUAUUUGACAGACGAGGACAAUGUGGCACGCACUGCACUCAUUUUAGUAACUUAUAUUAACAGUGCCACAAAGACAGAAGGUAAGCUACCCUUCUUGACUUGAAUAUCUAACGCACGGAUCAGGAAGUAUAUAUUUUCAGAACAUAGUUGGAGUUUAUGUCUGUAU